AUGGAUGUCAACGUUGGGAUCCAGUUUCUGUGUCUGCAGGAGCGUCAGGUCCGAGCCAUGCAUGGUGCCCAGGAAAUCAACUUUGUUGUAUUUGCUCAGGUAGUCCCAAAUUGGCACCAGCCCAUUCAAAGCAAUGUAGGACGCUCUCUUCUGGAACUGGAAGACGAGAUCUCCCAGGACCGCCGAGUUGCGCUUGAAGCUGGGGUAGAGCUCGUUAGCGGAACCGGUGUUGAAUAG